AGUUUAAAGAAUUCUUAGAAUCUACUUUGAGAAGUCUCCAAACUUUGCAGGAAAGUUUAUUGUUCUUACAAAAUCUAGUUGAAUCCAAGAAUCCGUCAAUAAAAGAACAAUAUAAUGAAAGUGAUCAACAUACACUACUAACUCAUCUUCUUAGUCUUGUUACAUCGAACUCGUUUAAAGAAACACAAAAUUUGGUGAACAUAAUUUAUAAAGAUAUGAAUCCUUAUAGACGCACAACUUCCAGUACUGAUAUUCUUCCAUUAGAACAAGAAACCAAACAACAACGGAAGGAAUCCUACAAAAGCUAA